AUGACCCCAAAAGACUUUGCGCACUACGAAGAAAACGACCUCAUCAGGACAUAUCAAUUUUUUCAAAACCAAAAAAUCAUAGCUUUCACGGACCUGCCACAAACCAGACCACUCACCACACACGACUUCUUCCGCUACCUGCAAAUCAAAAAUCUCCUAGACACCCCUACCUACAAACAAGCCGGAAAUACCCCCCUCACCAUUUUUGAGCAGGCAUGCAUCCAUGCCCCCAUACAAAAAAGUCAGAUCUCCACAACCUACGAACUACUGCUCAAACCGAUAGGGACACACCCACCGGG